UUAUACUGAGUAUGUCAUUGUCGUUGACUGUUCCCAAUUUCGUUAUGUUUGAGCUAUGAAAAUGAUGGAGUUGCAACGGCUAAAGUUGAAGAACACACUAGCAUACCUGCUUGAGAAUUGCAGGAGCAUGAGAGAGCUCAAACAGAUUCAUGCCCACAUAACUACAGCCCCUCAGUUCUUCAUCACUGACCGUUGGCUCUUAAUCUCUCGCAUUAUUUUCUUCUGCACAGUUUCUCAAUCAGGGUCUCUCAGCUAUGCCGAUACCGUAUUCAGGCUCGUUCCUCGAAAAACUCUCUUCAUUUACAACUCCAUGAUCAGAGCUUACGCUUCAAGAAUCCAUGACCCCAAUUCAUCUCAGCCCUUAAUUUUGUACAAACAAAUGCUCUUUGAUGGUAUUACACCGGAUUGUAUUACUUUUCCUUUCGUGUUAAAGCAUUGCGCGAGCAGAGUUGAUGGACUCAUCGGACCAAGUGUUCAUGCCCAUGUUGUUAAGUUUGGGUUUCACAGUGAUGUUUUUGUGCAGAAUUCUUUAAUUGCUCUGUAUUCACAAUUUGGGUCAGUGGAUAAUGCAAGGAUGGUGUUCGAUGAAAUGUCUAAUCGAGAUGUUGUUUCGUGGAAUUCUAUAAUAAUUGGGUGUUUGAGAAAUUCAGAGCUGAAUAUGGCGUUAGAGUUGUUUAGGAGGAUGAAGUAUAGGAAUAUUGUUACUUGGAAUUCAAUUAUCACGGGGUUCGUACAAGGAGGUAGGCCAAAGGAAGCUUUAGAAUUCUUCUUUGAAAUGCAAGUGUCUGGUGAUGAUAUGGUUAGUCCAGAUAAAAUGACAAUUGCUAGCGUGCUCUCAGCUUGUGCUUCUCUUGGCGCGGUUGAUCAUGGAAGGUGGGUGCACGAUUACUUGAAUAGAAGCGGAAUGGAGUGUGAUAUGGUGAUUGCAACAGCAUUAGUCGAUAUGUAUGGCAAAUGUGGGAGUGUUUCUAAAGCCCUUGAUGUUUUUAGAUCAAUGAAAAAUAAGGAUGUUUUGGCAUGGACAGCUAUGCUUUCUGCAUUUGCAAUUAAUGGUAAUGGCAGAGAAGCUCUCGAGCUUUUCUUGGACAUGGAAACGGCUGGAGUGAGACCUAAUGCAGUGACUUUCACUGCAUUGCUAUCAGCUUGUGCUCAUUCUGGCCUUACAGACAUAGGCCGCUGGUGUUUCCGCGUGAUGAGGCAUGCUUAUCACAUAGAACCACAAGUCCAACACUAUGCUUGCAUGAUUGACAUUCUUGGUCGAGCUGGUCUCUUUGAUGAAGCAGAAGAGCUAAUCAAAAAUAUGCCAGUGGAGCCAGAUGUUUUCGUUUGGGGUGCACUACUUGGUGGCUGUCAAAUGCACCAGAAUUUUCAGUUAGGAGAAAAAGUUGCCAGGUAUUUAAUUGCAUUAGAGCCUCUGAACCAUGCCUUUUAUGUCAAUCUUUGUGAUAUAUAUGCCAAAGCUAGAAGAUUUGAUCAUGUGAAGGAAAUUAGAGCUCUUAUGAAGGAGAAAGAGAUUGAGAAGACCGUUCCUGGCUGCAGCGCGAUUGAAGUUAAUGGAGUUGUUUGCGAAUUUUCUGUAAGAGGAUCAUCUCAAGUUUUGAUGACGGAAAUAAAGUUUGUUUUAUCUAGUUUGAGUGAUGAGAUAGGAAGGAGUUUUAGUAUGAGCACUGUUGUGGAAUGAUGAAGAGUGAAAAAAAUACUUAUUUGGUUCUUCAAUAGAUAUGAAUGAUUUCAGAGCCUUGCAUUGCAUCUGAAGACAUAAGAGUUUUACUUUCA